AUGCAUCACAGUAGCCAUAAAUGUGACAUACUGGCUCUCGAAGUUCAGAAAGUUGUGCAGUCAUAUGGCAUGUCAGUUGUAGAUUCCGGCUUCAAUGAACCGAGAAAUGGAAGACUGCAGCAACAAAAUCAACAAACAGCAUCGGUGCAUGCAUCAGUUUCCCUGCUUAUCCGAGAGAUGGGACAUUUAUCAAUGCACUUCCGGCAGCAGUUACGUAAUGUUUCCCUGUCAGAUUCGCCGGACAGUCCGUAA